AUGACCGUCCAGUCCCAGUCCCAGUCGCAGGCGGCCGUCGUGCCCCCCUCGCUCCUCGAGCCCAUCGACACGGGCGCCACUGCCUCGACCUCGGCCAGCGACCACUCGUUUGACCGCGCAACGGCCACCGUCCCCGUCACGUCCGUCCCCGAGGUCCUCGCCCCCGUUCUGGAGAAGCUCGCGCCUGGAACCAAGCUCUACCGCGGCUACGUCGACCCCGCCUACGGAAGCACGCGCAACAUGCCCAACGGCGGCUACAUUGCCUCGCUCAUCCUCUCGGCGUGCAUGCAGCACCAGUCCGCCAGCGGCUCCAAGCACCCGGACCCGCACACCAUCACCUACGACUACCUCAAGGCGUGCCGCCCCGCCCAGGAUGUCUACGUCGCCUGCCACGCCGCCCCUCGCGGCUCGGGCGGCUACACGACCGUCACCGCCGCCAUGUACCAAAUCGCCAAGUCCAAGACGGCCGACGCCCCCGCCAAGGCCGUCCAGACCGUCGCGGCCUGGGGCAUGUUUGCCGACCAGUCCAAGCAGAAGGGCAUGACGACGCUGCCCAAGCACUACGGCGAGGUCGGCAAGGUCGAGGACGUCCCCGUCCCGCACCCGCGCUCCUGGUUCCUGCCGCCGGACCAGGCCAUGAUCUCGCAGCAGCUCGACCUGCUGGUCCAGCUCGAGACGCAGCGCAGGCCCUACGCCGACUACUUUAUCCGCUUCCACCCGACGAGCGUCGGCACCCAGCAGGAGGAGUACUCGGACGACGAGACGCCCCCGUCGUCGCCCAGCGGCCCCACGCGCAAGUGCAAGGGCAGCAAGAAGCUGCCCCUCUACUCGCCCCUCUCCCGCCGCAUUGACGCCCUGGCGCUGCCCACGAUUGCCGACUUCCGCCGCCCGGCCAUGGAGAACGUGCUCAAGAAGGACGCCACCUCGCACUACGACGAGCCCACGCGCACCUACGCCUACCCCACGGUCCAGUUUACGCUGCGCUUCCUCGGCAGCGUGCCCCCCGAGACCGAGUGGGUCCACUCGAGCUGGCGCGAGACGCUCAUCAACGGUCGCAUCAUCUCGGACAUCUGCAUCGCCGCAGAGGACGGCACCCCUCUCGCCAUCGGCCAGAUGGACAGCCUCAUGUUUGACAUGCGGUGGUACAAGAUGUGA